GCCCUGUGGGUUAGAAGAGGCUUGAGCGGUAAACAGCCGAAGGGGCGGAGGAGAAGAAGGGCGAGGAAGGGUUCUGUGAUCAUGAAAAAGCCAGACUGUCUUGUGGUGGAAAGGAAGAAACUACUUAGCAGCCUAGCAGUUUGACAGGAGCACCCAUGUAGAACUGGAAGCAACUGUGCCUUGCGUGAACACACGGUCAUGCACGUUAGCGCCUAGCGUGAAGCAGGAUGUCUCAACAAACAAAUAUUGGGGAGCUUCUCCCCAUGUUGGAUUCCCCAGUCCUAGCUGUCCUGGAAGAGAUCAUGGCCGUGUUUAGAGACAACCUUGCUUCAGAUCGUGGGCCCAUGCUGGUGAAUUCUUUGGUGGAUUACUACUUAGAAACCAGCUCCCAACAAGCUUUGCACAUCCUGACUGCUGUUCAAGAGCCACAUGACAAGCACCUUCUCGAUAAAAUCAACGAAUACAUGAGCAAGCCCGCUACCCGUCUCGCCACUCUUUCGCUACUUGGCCACGUGAUUAGAUGUCAGCCCUCCUGGAAACAUAAGUUCCCUCAAGCCCCCGUUCUCCUUUCCCUCCUGAAGUGUCUGAAGACUGACACGGACGUUGUGGUCCUCACCACAGGGGUGCUGGUGUUGAUCACGCUGCUACCCAUGAUCCCUCAGUCUGGGAAGCAGCAUCUCCACGACUUUUUUGGCAUCUUCGGCCGCCUUUCAUCUUGGUACUUAAAGAACCCAGGCCACGUAGCCGAGAUCUACCUGGUCCACCUCCACGCUAGCGUGUACGCCCUCUUCCACCGCCUUUAUGGAAUGUACCCGUGCAAUUUUGUCUCCUUUCUGCGGUCCCACUACAGUAUGAAGGAAAACCUGGAGACCUUUGAAGAGGUGGUCAAGCCAAUGAUGGGCCACGUCCGUAUCCAUCCGGAGCUGGUGACCGGUUCCAAGGAUCAUGAGCUGGACCCUCGGAGGUGGAAGAGGCUAGAAACGCACGACGUGGUGAUUGAAUGUGCCAAAAUCUCCCUGGAUCCAGCAGAAGGAUCCUAUGAAGACGGCUACUGCCCGGCCUCCCUGCAAUCCUGCGCGCACCUAUCGCUUCGCCCCGCUGACCCCGACGCCAGCCCUUUCCUUAUUUCCCACAGUAGUCUGGGAGCCGCGACGUCUACCCCUUACUCUGCUUCUCGGCUGGUCCUCUCCCAGAUACCAGGGCAGCUACCUCACAUCCUGAACCCCCAGUCCUCAAGCUUGUCCACUGAGCCUCAGCAGGCGCCUUUCUGGAGCCCCUCUGCCGUUUGUGGCAUGACCACCCCUCCAACAUCUCCUGGCCUUGUUCUGGAGCCUUUGCAGACUUCUUCCCAGCCUUACACCAAGUUCUUCAGCACAGCCGACGAUUUGGUUCCGAGUUCAGUUCCUGCUACGACCUCUGCACCUUCGAAGAAGGAGGAAAAAGCAGAUCCUUCAAGGCCUUUUCUGUCCCGACAGCAAAAUAUCAUCAACAGAACUCUGGACUCCCAAGGCAGUAAAAGUUCUGUAACUUUAAGCGACCUGCCAAACAUCCUAGGUGACCUGGAGGCCUCUUGUGAAGACAGCGGAGAGAAAGAACGAGAGGAAGAAGCCAUCUCGAACGAAAUCUCUGAGAUCACCGCCGCGGAGGCCGAGCCCGUAGUGCCCCGGGGAGGAUUUGAUUCUCCGUUCUACCAAUCCAGCGAGAAUCUCUCCGGCUCUCGGAAAUCUCAAUCGGUCGCUUCAACCGCCGCAGGGCAGUUUUCGAACGCCGAGCCUUCGACAUCUUUUCUGGACCAAUCGGGGUUCGAAGGCCCGCGGGAUACUCCGAAGCAAGCCUUCACACCCAUCGACCGGCCCUGCCGGGAUGCCGAAGAGAUUCCCGUGGGAAUCCAAGAACUUUGGGCUUCACCAGAUCCGGGCGUUUUAACUCCCAGCCCUUGCAAAAUCCCCGCUCGUCAGAGGCCUGGCAUUGGGAGCCAACAACUUCCUGGAUACGAGCACCUGUUUGAGGUGGCCUUACCUAAAACCGCUUACCUGUUUGUCACCCGGAAGACCGAAGAGCUGUUGAAAAAAUACAAGGGGGAACUGGAGGACGAAGGCUUCCUUUCUGCUUCCCCUCUGCGUGUCUUAGACCGGCUGCUCCAACACGGAGCUGAUGUUCACAGCAGGGAACUCAACAAGUUAUCGCUGCCCAGCAGAUCCGCCGAUUGGACCCACUUUGGAGGUUCUCCUCCUUCUGACGAGAUUCACACCCUGCAGAAUCAGCUGCGCCUGCUGCAUAACCAGCUGUUGUACGAGCGCUUCAAACGGCAGCAACACGCUGUCCGGAACAGGCGCCUGCUGCGGAAAGUCAUCAAAGCUGCUGCCCUGGAGGAACACAACGCGGCCAUGAAAGACCAGCUGCGCCUCCAGGAGAAGGACAUCCAGACCUUGAAGCUCAGCCUUCAGAAGGAGCAGGACAAACACCGCCUGUUCCAGGAAGAAUACGACGGCAUGGUAGCUCAGCUCCACAGCCAGAUCCGACAGCUUCAGCACGAACGGGAGGAGUAUUACAGCCAGAGUCAGGAGCUGAAGACCAAACUGGAAGACUGUUCCAACGUAAUCCGAGAUUUGCGGUCCGAGCUGAAAAAAUCCAACAACAAAGUGUGCCAUACAGCACUGCUGCUGAGCCAAGUUUCACAAAAGCUUUACAACAGCGAGUCCGUCCAACAGCAGAUGGAGUUCUUGAACAGGCAGCUGCUGGUCCUCGGGGAGGUGAACGAGCUCUACCUGGAACAGCUCCAGAACAAGCAUGCCGACACCACCAAGGAAGUGGGGAUCAUGCAGACGGCCUUCCGGAAGGAGCUGGAGAGAGCCAAAUCCUGCCUCCUGCUCCAGAGUCAGCAAGUGGAAGCGUCUCAGAACCGGAUUGCAGAACUGGAAUCUCAGCUCACCAAGAAGGAUCACCUGUUACUGGAGCAGAAGAAAUACUUGGAGGAUGUCAAAGUCCAAGCCAGGGACCAGCUGCAGGCGGUCGAGCACCAGCACAGAGUGCAGAAGCAGAUCACGCGGACCUUCGAACUGGAGAUACUCCGCCUGUACAGUUGCCUGGACAACGACCGGUUGCAGAAGAAACAGGAGGACAAAAUGGAAACGGCAGAAAUGGCUGAAGAAAGGCUCUCGGGGGCGAAUGAUGGUCUGUGUCAUCCGGUUGCCCGAUGCGGCGAAGAAAUGCUGGGCAGGAACGGGGAGGCCAACUCUUCCGGCCCCCAAGCUCACCAUAGCAGCAGCAGCAGCAGCAGCAACGGCAGCAACAGCAGCAGUAAAGGCAACAGCGGUGGAUCCAGUCCGGAAAAGACCCUCGGCGAACGAGGCGGACAGUUAAACAGCUGCUGGGAGGCCUCUGGACGGCAGGAGCCUCCUUCCGCCCGCAGCCGACUGACCGUGGGUUCCUUCCCGAGUUCCGAGAGUUUCCUGGGCAUGAAAGCUCGCGAACUCUUCCGCAACAAGAGCGAAAGUCAGUGCGAUGACGACAGGGCGGCCAUCCAGAGCCUCUGCGGCACGCUGAAGACUGAGUUGUGCAAAGGGCCCGGCUUAGAAACCCAAGGGCCCCUACCCCCUUCUCCGGGUCCCGCGGAACCCACGCCCUCUCCCCGAAAUCAAGAAAGCAGCGUUGAAUCGCUUCAUAUAAUGGACUACAACGAAUCCCAUCACGGUCAUAGCUAAGCCGGGAGAACGCGCGGCGGGGGGGUGGGGGGUGGGGGGAAGGCAAGGGCGGUAAAAAAACAAAAAUCAGUGUUAACUUUUCUCAUAAUCUCAGCCUCGGAAGAGGGAGAAGGCAUCCAGGAGCGCAUGUGGGUUUUUUUAACUAAAAGCUUUCACGUUCCGUUCUUAGAACCCCGUGGGCCCCUGCCGCGGAAACUGGACCGGGUAUUGUUUCGUUUGGGGGUGGGGGCGAGACGGGGCGGGUUGGAAUUUGGCGGAACGAAGGCAGGGCGGAGGCCAGAUCUGGAAAGCCCCCCCCCCCCGGAGAGCUCUUGUCAUCCCUCCCGCUCUUCCAUCUUUCGAUGCGUUUUCUCCCUUUCUUUCCUUUCCCCCCCCCCUCCCCUUAUACUUAUUCCUUAACUUGGGGUGGUGACGGCUGAGGGUGUUCAACUCCCUUCGGCCUCCUGCCGAAUGAACUUUUGUGCAAUAGGUUAGCGGGCCUUUCUGAGCGGAUUGGGAAAAUGGGGGGGGGGGGAGGGAGCGUUUGUGUGUUUACUCUGGAGGACUGUGCCCCCCACCUUCCCACCGGUCCUCAAUCAGGGUUGGUAGCCAUCUUGCUUUCUCUCCACACCCCCCCCCUUUCUUUCGCAGGUGACGGUUCUCCUCCAAAGUAGAUCCUGAGCCGCCCUGCUUCAUCGUGAGCACGCUGGACUUUGCUCCGAUGUCGAUGCGGCUUAAAAUCCUACCUUUUAGGAUUCCGAUCUCCCAUUUCCCUCCUUCCCUUUUUAAAACAACAAGCCGCUUCCUGCCCCAACUCGUCCCAAAAAUUGGUUUAUCUCCCCUCCCAACAUUUUCUGUGUGUGGAUAGGAAUUUUUUUUUGGGGGGGUGGGGUGAGGUGGAGCAGCUCCUCGUGUUUCGGAAGCCGCCCUGCAGAAGUCCCCCACUUAUUCUCAAAACACUAUUUUUAUUCUCUUUAGUAGCGUGUUUCUCUCUAGUCUGAUAAGCUGACAAAUGACCCGACUUCAGCUUUGUUAAAUGGAAGAGGUAGCCUUUUUCUCGACGGGUGGAGUGUUUUAUAAUCGCAGCAUGGGGAGAUUUGGGGCAGGGGGGGGAACCAAUCCACUCCCCACGGUCCUCCCUGCUCCCCUUUCCCAAAAGGAGAAGAAUCCCCUUCGCCGGUUUUGUGUUCCAUCUGAACCCAAAAUGAGGUUUAUCCUCCUUUUUUUUUUGUAUAAACCGAUUUCCAGUUUUCUUAAUACGAUCUCUGGCUGUUCGCCGCCUCGCGUCCCAGUCUUCAGGCUGGGACACCCAAAGCCCAUCAGUUUGAAACAUUUCAUGGUUUUCCCUGGAAUUUGAACCUCCAUUGGGACUGGGCUGUGCGCGCAGGCAGGCAGACAGACGUGUGCGUGGAUUAGACCUGUGACAAUCCCCUCCACUCUUCUCUCCAUCCUCAAAACCUUUAGAAGGGGAUAACGGAGGUUCUUGGAUACUCAGAUGGCCCUUUAAAUGCUCCCAUUCCUACCCUCGUUUGCAUUGUCUCUCUUUCUGUCCUUCAUUUUGGGUGGAGACCACGAGUGACAGCUCGAUUCUUAAAAACCACACAAGGCAUCUUCUCUGCCUCUUCCAUAUUCGAAUAUUUUGAACCCCUUUCGGGGCGCAAAGGCAGCCUGGGGGGAGACCCUUUUCGUCAGAGAAAGCUGCUAAGGUCCCGUCCCGUUCCCCCGCCCCAAAAUUGCAGUCUCUUGCUGCUUUUCUUCCAGUGGUCCUUCGUAACAUUUCUUAAACCAACCUUUUUUUUAUAUAUAAAAGACGCCUCUCUCUUCAAACCCUUCCUCCAGGUUUCCCUAACUAGUCGGUGAGUUUAAAAUAGCGGUGGUUUGGGUGGGGAAAAAAAAGACGGCUGGCGUGCAAUGGGAUGUAAUGAUGCUAUUUUCAGGCGAGCAGUGCCCGAGGGCCAGGCUGGCAAAGAGCGUCAGGAAAAAUUGUGAACUGCCUUGUUCUAGCCAACCUUUUCUUUUUUUUAUGGAUGUGGCCGACGGGCACAGCAGUGUUGUCCAAGUACGAGCUCAGAGGGUUGAAAUUUUAGAGAAUGCCGACGUCCGUUCCCUAAAGCAAGGGCGGUCCAAACCUGGCCACUAUUUAAGACUUCUGGACUUCAAACUCCCAGAAUUCCCCAGCUAGCCAUUCUGGAAGUCGAAAGUCCACAAGUCUUUAAAAAUGGCCUGUUUUAGAGACACCUCCUCCCCACCCCCGCCGCCCUAAAGGAACAGGGCAAGUUCAUUUCUCCCCCUUCUGAUCCCUUAAAAUGGGAUUUAAAACCGGCCUUUUGUAUCUCAGCUGCAGCCCUGUGUGUGCGCAGAGCUAAUGCUGACCUUUUUCAAUCCGACCAGCUCACUUUCCCAACUUUCUUCGUUCCACCGGUGUUCUAACCAGAAUAGCCCCCCCCCCCUGUCUUCAGGAACAUUUGGUAGGGGUCUCCACCUUUGGCAACUUGAAGGCUUGUGGGCUUCAACUCCCAGAAAUUCCCCAGCCGGCCACGCUGAGGAAUUCUGGAAGCUGGAGUUCAUACGUUUGGAGACCUCUGCUCUCUACACUCUGGUGCAUAGAUGGAUUUUCAGAUUCGGUCCAGGUCAGUGAUAAGAGGCUGACUUUUUUAACAUCCACGCUCACACUCACACACGGGGGGACCCAACGUUAUUUCUCAUUUUAGCUUUCCGGAUUUGGAAACACAUUCACCGGUGUUUCUCAGGAAGGAAACUUGUUCUGUUUUGUUGCUUUUUUUCUUCCCCCCCCCCACUCCCGACAGUCCCUCGUUUCAAUUGAACUUUUUGUUUUCAAGGGUCAAAAUAAAUCACAUCUUUUCCCUCCCGGGGGGGUUGCCUUUGUUCGCUUUUAGGAAAAAGACCCGAAACGGCCUCCUUCGCGAUGAAUUGGUGGAAUUGUCUCAUCCCAUUUUUAUUUUAUUUUUUCCCCCACCCAGCAGGCCACAGAAAAAGAUGGCAGCAAAAUGACUCUCCUUCUUUUUCCUUCUCUUUGAAUCAUGGAUGUAGCGUACAUAAUGGAAGUACUUGGGGAAUUUUUUGGUGGGUUUUUGUUUUUUUUUGCAAUUUUGGGAAGGGAGGGGAAGAAAAGUUCUCGUUAGCGAAGCUGAAAAUAAUCCUUGUUUGGUUUUUUCCCCCCCUCCUUUGGGAAAAAAAAAGAGAGAGAAAAUACCCGGACCGCUUUUAGUCAAAUCUUUUGAGAACAGAAAAAAACCCCCAAGCUGUCGAUAAAAAGUGAACGUUUCCUGCCUCGCUCUCUUUGUAAGCAUGAUUUUUAAUAAAAAUAAAUCGACUUUUUUUUUUUAAAAGAAAGAAAGAAAGAAAAAAAAAAGGGAGGGGUGUGUGGAAAAAUGGCACGGCGACGAUGAAGUGAUGCUACGAAAUGGUACAAUCGAAACGAAACGAAAAAGACAUUUCACAAGCAAAAAUGAACCCGAGGGUGUUUUGCUGACCUUACUAGAACGUUCUACUACAUCAAGGCAGUUGCUUGUGUUUAACUGUGAACAAAUUAAAAUAUAUAUAUAUA